AGGGGCUGGCAGACAGUUGGACGUGGCGUCUUUUCCACCGCCCCUCCCCUGCUUGGGACGGAGGCAUCUCCAGGAUGACUUGACUCAGUGCUGGGCACUCUCACUUCACACCACCAUGGCUUCAGGAGGUGGCGCCACCCUUCUUCUGGGGCUGCUGGUCCUCUCAGCUGACCUGCCACGUAUUGUGUCGCAAGAAAGACCUGGCUAUUGCCGGGAACUCCCUGUUCGUUAUACUGACCCCUCUGCUGGGGGCUCCUGCAACCGGUGCAGUGCGGAUGGCGGCUGCCCACCAGGCAAGAAGUGCUGUGGUUCGUCCUGCGGCAACACCUGCCAGACACCUGAGCCGAAUCUCUGCAGACUUCCUCCUGUCACGGGUCCCUGCAAGGCUGCCAUGCGGAAACUGUAUUACAACUGGAGGAAGAAGAAGUGCGAGGAAUUCAUCUACGGGGGCUGCCAGGGCAACCUGAACCGCUUCGACACCCUGGAGAAGUGCCUGAGUGUCUGUGGGGGUCAAGGUGCGCCCUAGAGUAAUGGAGGGAGCAGGAGAGGGUCUGCUCUGUGGGGAAGAAGAUGGAGCAGCACCCACAGAGCCCUCCUACUGGGCUCCUUCCUUCCUGAUUCCUGACCCCCAUUCUCCCACCCCUGGGGGGCUGACGGGCUCCUGAAGCAUGCUGGGU